AUGUCCUCAGACGAAAUCGUCUGGCAGGUCAUCAACCAGCAGUUCUGCUCCUUCAAGCUCAAGACCACAAAAGACAAGACCUUUUGCCGCAAUGAAUACAAUGUCACCGGCUUUUGUAACCGACAGUCUUGCCCGCUUGCAAACUCUCGGUAUGCAACCGUUCGCGCCAACCCCGACACAGGAACUCUGUACCUCUACAUGAAGACGAUCGAGCGCGCACACAUGCCAUCCAAGCUAUGGGAGCGAAUCAAGUUAUCACAGAACUACGCAAAGGCCUUGGAGCAGGUUGACGAGCGGUUGAUUUACUGGCCGAAAUUUCUGAUUCACAAAUGCAAGCAAAGACUUACAAGACUGACACAAGUUGGGAUUCGGAUGAAGAGAUUAGCAAGAGAGGACGAGCGGCUGGGAGAGAAGCUUGUGCCUAAGAUGGCGCCAAAGGUUCGACGGAGAGAGGAGACUCGCGAGCGGAAAGCAGAGGCGGCCGCGAAGGUUGAGAGGGCCAUUGAGAGAGAGUUGAUUGAGAGGUUGAGGAGUGGAGCGUAUGGUGACCAACCGCUGAAUGUCAGCGAAACUAUUUGGAAGAAGGUUCUUAAGGGCUUAGAGCGGGGUGGCGAGGGUACUAGGGACGAAGAUAUGGAUGAGGGAAUUGAGGAUGAACUUGAGGAUGAAGAGGAGUACGAGGAUGAAGAAGGUGUUGGUAAUGUUGAGUAUGUGAGCGAUUUGGGUGAGGAUGAGGAAGAUUUAGGGGAUUUGGAGGACUGGUUAGGAAGCGAAGAAGAGGCCGCUACUGAUGAAGAGGAUGAGGACGAUAGUGAGAGUGAUAGCAGCGAUGAUGAUGUGAAGAAGGCAGGGGGCGCAAAAAGGAAGAAGGGUCCAGUUUCUAAGGCUAAGCCAAAGAAACUCGCCAAGAUGGAGAUCGAGUAUGAGGAGGAGAUCGAAGCAGCCCCUAGACAGCUGGCACGAGCGUGA